CUUUUUUUCAUACUUCCCAGUUCUACUGCACCUAUUAGACCUGCCUUCAAGCGUUCGCCGUCUCUACAUCGCGCAAUCAUCAAGCAGUUCGUGGGAUUAGCCGGACCCAAUCGUCGUUCUUAACAGUAUCUUCAUAGCAAGAUGAACUCGGUUCUCCUGGUAUCGUCAUGCUCUGCACUGUGUCGGGCGCAACUAGCGAGUGUCGGGCGCCUGCCUAGCACACUUCGAGCAUUCUCGGCAGCCGCGGACGCGCCGUCAGCGGCAGCGGCGGAAGGCAGCAGCGACUCUGGCGCUGUACCUGCAGCGCCUGCGUUGGAUGCCCUGAAUGCCUCAGCCAUCGAUGAGGCCGUUGGGAAGCUACAGCUCAACCUUGCCCUCAAGACGGAGACCCUUGUAGCGCAUGGUGUUGGUGAGACGGAGGCUCUUAAGCGUCAGCAGCAACUGCACUUUUCAAUGCUGCUGGCGGCCCGGCGGAAAGACAUACGCGAGGGGAAGGAGGGGGCGCAAUACGCAGGCAUGCUGGUGUCAGAGGCUCUGCGCAAGUCGCUGGCGAAAUAGCUGCUUUGGGGACCCGGCUUUAGCCUUCCGGAAAGUCGCUAUGUGAAGGUUGCUGUGUGAAGAGGAAUGCAUGUUAGGAUCGGUUGGGGCUUCUAGGGCUGGCGCGUCAGCUGGACUUUGGCGCCGCCUUAGGUGGUCGUCCUUGGAUAUCCAGCCUUGCGUAACAGGAAUUAGCGGGUUUGUUAUAGAUGCCGAACAUCGGAUCUUGGAGUAAGUUGCUAAUUGCUGUGCGUAGCUUGUUAGGCGCGUGGGGGCAAUACUUCAUGUGCCACCGUGGAUUAGUUCGGCGCUGUAAUGUGCGCUACUGGAGGAUAGGUAGGCCUUCCGCACUGUGUUUGCUGGCGCGAGUUGGUGGGGCCUGCGGCAUUGUACGGUGUACGGGUAAAGCUGUAGAGGACUUGUCCUGACGUACGGCUCUAACAUGAGCGCAUCAUUGCGGAGUUGCUCGGGGUCUGCAUGUAUCCCUGGUUUGAUAUUAUUGACCCGACAGUGUUACUCGGGCACAUGCCAUGCCAGCGUGUGUUGGCGGGCUCGUUGGUCGUUAUCCUGCGUGAUGGGCUGCCUUAUUAGUUGUUGAUACACGCAACAAUCAUUAAGGCGCUCGGCCGUAAGGGUUACAAAAGAUAAAGGAUACUGGUCAGCAGAGGGAACUGUACCUUAAGAGAGGGUACACUGG